GUGGUCAUGCAUUCGCUGAGUACAAAGUUUUGAACUUGAAUUUGACGUUAUUUUUAUAGAAAUUUCCAAAUUUGUUAUAUUUUCUUCCAAUUUUGAUGCAAGAUCAACUGUUUAGAAGAAAUUUUUUCUGGGUUUUUUUUUUUUUGAUUCAUGGGAAUUGGAAUUGGGUCAUUGUGUCUUUUGAUGGGCCAUGAGAUGAUAAUUACAGAAGAAUUUUCCUUUUAAUUUUGUUAGAUUUCUGAAUCAUGGUUGGUUACAUGGAAAUAAUGGGCGUGUGAGAAGGAAUGCAUCAUUGCCUGUUUUACUGUCAUAGUGAGUUAUAAUGGCGGGAUUAGAAGAGUUAAGGAAGAAGCUAGCGCCUUUGUUCGAUGCUGAGAAGGGCUUCUCGCCUGGAUCAACACUAGAUCCUUAUGAUUCUUACAUGCUGUCGGAUGGCGGAACUGUCAACUUAUUGAGUAGAUCAUAUGGAGUGUACAACAUCAAUGAGCUUGGUUUGCAAAAAUGCACAUCUUCGCCUGUGGACGAAACAGAUCAAGGUGAAAAGACGUAUCGGUGUGCUUCUCACGAGAUGAGGAUAUUUGGGGCAAUAGGUAGUGGUGCGAGCAGUGUUGUUCAGAGAGCUAUGCAUAUUCCAUCUCAUAGGAUUCUUGCCUUGAAGAAAAUUAAUAUAUUUGAGAAGGAGAAAAGACAACAGCUUUUGACAGAAAUACGAACACUUUGUGAGGCACCUUGUUCCGAGGGUCUUGUGGAAUUCCAUGGAGCUUUCUAUUCCCCUGACUCGGGGCAAAUAAGCAUUGCUUUAGAAUACAUGGAUGGAGGGUCACUGGCAGAUAUCUUAAGAUUGCGGAAAAGUAUACCGGAACCAGUCCUUUCAUCUGUCUUUCGGAAGCUCCUGCAGGGCCUAAGCUACUUGCAUGGAGUUAGGCAUUUGGUUCACAGAGACAUCAAGCCUGCAAAUUUGCUUGUAAAUCUCAAGGGGGAGCCGAAAAUAACAGAUUUCGGCAUAAGUGCUGGCCUAGAUAAUUCAAUGGCAAUGUGUGCUACCUUUGUUGGAACUGUUACAUACAUGUCACCUGAGAGAAUUCGAAAUGAGAGCUAUUCUUAUCCUGCUGAUAUAUGGAGCCUUGGUCUUGCUCUCUUUGAGUGUGGCACUGGAGAUUUUCCAUAUACAGCUAGUGAAGGACCGGUUAAUCUCAUGUUGCAGAUAUUGGACGAUCCAUCACCAUCACCACCAAAACACAAAUUUUCGCCAGAGUUCUGUUCAUUUAUUGAUGUUUGCCUGCAGAAGGAUGCAGAUGCCAGGCCAACAGCUGAGCAGCUUCUUUCGCACCCGUUUAUUAAAAAGCAGGAGCAUGCUAGAGUAGACUUAGCAGCAUUUGUUCGAAGUGUUUUUGAUCCAACUCAAAGGCUGAAAGAUUUGGCUGAUAUGCUGACAAUACACUAUUACUUACUAUUUGAUGGACCUGACGAAACCUGGCAGCAUGCAAGGACCCUAUACAAUGAAGAUUCAACUUUUAGUUUCUCAGGGAAGCAAUUCGUUGGUCCAAAUGAUAUCCAUGCAAUGUUGUCCAAUAUCCGGGGUACAUUGGCAGGUGACUGGCCCCCUGAAAAACUCGUGCAUGUUGUAGAAAAACUUCAAUGCCGUGCUCAUGGUCAGGAUGGAGUUGCGAUCCGUGUCUCAGGAUCCUUCAUCACUGGAAACCAGUUUCUUAUUUGCGGGGAUGGCUUACAAGUAGAGGGCAUGCCUAAUUUUAAGGAUCUUUCUAUUGAUAUUCCUAGUAAGCAAAUGGGCACAUUCAAGGAACAAUUUAUAAUGGAACCUGGAAAUCUCAUUGGUCGCUACUUUAUAGCUAAACAAGAGCUUUACAUUAUCCAAUAGACGAACUAUGAGCAUGGUUUCCUCCAAGCAUAAGACGGCUUGCUCCAAUCAAACUGAUAAGUGCAUGUGGCAUUAUGCAGAUUGGAGGAAACCACAUGUUCUGCUGUUGUAACAUAUACGGUAACAGUCUUGCGAUUGUCAUUGAUGCUAAUUUGCUCACCUAUCAUUCACAAAAUAUGUAGAAUGAAUGAUGAUGAGUUCGAAUCAUUGGAUUUAAAGCGACAAAGAUGGGUAUUUGCAAUUGGUUCCACAGCUUAUCAGGUCAAGAGCUUCACUGACUGAAUAUCAGCUUUGAUGAUGCACUGUUCUCUGUCUGUAUAUGUAAUUUCAUGUGCUAACUGGAAAUAGACACUAGGAGUGUAAUAAAGUCAGAUCAAGUCAAUGUACUGUCAGAUUAUAACUCAACUCAAAUUCGAUCGAAUUUUAUUUUUCAUGCACGAAUUCGAUUCCAU